AUGCUGUCACCGACACCCGUGCAUCGCGCCGGCCUCCUCUCCACCUUGAUCGCGAAUGGCGCUCUCCAUGCAGCACACCUCGCCUCCAUGCAGACCCCUGCCGGGGCCUUAAUCCUCUCUGGGUGCGUCUUCCGCUGCCUUACAAUGCCCUUUACCAUCUACGGUGACCAAUGCCUGCACCGCGUAGCCUGUGCUCUCCCAGAGCUGCACGAUGCGCACAAGGAGUACCUCGACAUCGUCGACCACCCGCGCGCAAUCGCGUGGGAAAAGCGCGUGGCGGCGCAGAAGCUGAAGAACGACCGUGACCGCAUCUUUCGCAGCUUUCGCACCAACAACGUGAAGAUGACGGCGCCGUACGUAGUCGGCUCGGCGCUGUCUCUGUACUGCCUCGGUGUGCCGGCGCAGCAGAUGGGCACAUUUUUUGUGCAAGAUGCCGGCAUGGCAAUCGUCAGCCCGUUCGCCGUAUCGUGCAUGGCGGGCGGCCAGCUCAGCUUGGCAACCACAACCACGACCUCCGCUGCCACCCUCUUCACCGUCGACCCGACCCUUGCCCUAGCAGCAGGGUUGACGUGCUUCAACGUGUUUCGGCACCUCAGCCAGCGCGUCGGCUUCAACGAUCGGCUUGAUGAGUGGAUCACGAAAACGAAGCAGGCGGUGUGCCUUGGCGUGGGACUCGUCGCGGCGAGCUCGCUCCUGGCAGGCCCACUCACGUAUGCGUUGGCGCUGCCAGCCCUUCACUUCUUUCCUCCGUACCUGGCGCCUGUGUGGCUCGGCAUGAGCGCCACCACGGCGGUAAAAACGAUCCUCGUCAACGGCACCGCACCCGGUCAGGCCAUAUUCCGUCUGCCCUCCUACCCGCCACAGCACGGCACCUACGGCGGAGAGAGUACUGCAGCGGGGCACGAGUACCGGCUCGCCUUCACGGGCGUGGAAGUGGAGGAAACACGCAGCGUCUGGCAAACCCAGAAGCGUAUUCUGGACUACGAGUGCGAUGUUCGCCUGCAUCGAUUUCUGAAGCAGAUCGGGCUCUUCAAUGACGUGGACGAGCUCGAGUACGAAGCCGACAAGCUGAAGCGCAAGCGUGCAGUGGCGCGUGAGCGGCGUGUAACGCACACUGUGGCGGACGAGGAUGUGUCGAGCAAGACGCAACCCCCCAUACGGCGUCGCGCGAUGCACAGCAGCAGUGGAGAGACACCCCAGGAAACGGAUGAGUACAGCACCACCUCCUCUCACGAGAUGGUGGCGGUGCAGAUGGAGCGCGCGCAUUUGGAGGAGCUGCGAGGUCGACAAGCCCGAAAAGCCGCACGUGAGACCGCGUGGAAGCAGCGUCAUUGA